GAUGAAUUUACUGUUUAUGUUGAAAAGACGUAUUUCUAAUUGAGAUUUAGCAAUAUUAUUGCAUUCAUGUUUAUGUGCUUCAGAUCUUAAAGUGGAUGGCCUUUCGAUCAGACAUCGAUACUGAAUCAGCUGCAAAGAUAACCGGGGAAUGAUGCGUGAGGGUGGGAAAUUGUGGAGCAACAGCUCCGAGGGUCACAGCAGUGAUCCCGAAGAGGAUGAAGAAGAAGAGAUGGCGUUUGGAGAAACUGAAGAAGACUCUGAAGAGAUGAUGGACUUGAGUGAUCUACCCACAGCUCUGUUUGCCUGCAGUGUGCAUGAGGCCGUGUUUGAGGAGGACAGGCAGAGGGAGCGGUUUGAGGCUCUGUUCAGGAUCUAUGAUGAGCAGACGUCCUUCCAGAUGUUCAAGAGUUUCAGAAGGGUUCGGAUCAGCUUCAGCACUCCAGAGGCUGCUGCACGCGCACGCAUUGAGCUCCAUGAAUCUGAUUUCAACGGCAUUAAACUAAAACUGUACUUCGCACAGGUGCAGAAUUCAGGGGAUGAUGUGGACAAGACAUACCUUGCCCCGCCUCAACCUGUCAAGCAGUUCCUUAUCUCUCCACCUUCGUCCCCACCUGUGGGAUGGAGUCAGAGUGAAGAUGCCACACCUGUGAUCAACUACGACCUGCUGUGUGCUGUGGCCAAACUGGGACCAGGUGAGAAGUACGAGCUGCAUGCGGGUACAGAGUCCACUCCUAGCGUGGUGGUCCACGUGUGUGAGAGCGAAACUGAGGAAGAGGAAGAAGCCCGGCCAAAAGGCAAGAUAGUCCAGACCAGACGUCCCGACGGUCCCCCAAAAGUCUACAACUAAAACCUUCGGCACACUGCACACGUUUUUCUCUCUCUCUGUGUCUCUUUCUCUCAUCCAGGGAAAGGCACGCUUUAUUUCAAUAACAAAAAAAGCUAAACUAAGACAUGGAUGGAUUUGGAGGGGUGCUCAGUGCACAGGUGACUUGUGGUGUUCUGAACUGGACUCGUGGACUGAACACACUGUCUCACCGCUGCCUCACGGGACAGACAGGGGGCGAUAAGCUUGCGACCCCCCCCUCUCACAAUCAUAGCACUUUCAUUCCCUCAUUUAGAGUCUUUGUCCUGUAGCAUUAAAGAGCAGUAAUUGUAAUUAACAGUCGUAGAAAUAGAUUACAUGUAAACUUUGUUACUGUUUGUCACUUUGAUUGAUCAUCAAAGAAAAAAAGCCCGUGUUUAUCUCCAUAUCGGUCAGGUUGGCACACCUACAGCGGUGGCGCGGCUCGCUGGGAUUGUGACCUGUGUGCGUAUUUAUGCCUGUUCAUACCAUGCUAGAAUGGGAUGACAAGUUGUUUGAUGGAAGCGAUAAUAGCGAAGGUGUCAGGUGAAGUGUUUCAGUCAUGUUGGCGAAGACGAGAGGGUGUUAAACGUUCGUUCACUAAGUUAGAUGUGUAUUAUUCUUACUGUGUAUUUGAUACCGCACAUUUUUGCAUGCUAACUGGUGUAUUUUAUACUCUGUUAAAGCAACUUUGAGCAUAUCUGACUGCUAUCUUUCAGAGAGAUGGCCUUGGAAAGUGAAGAAACAGUUGUCAGGUGUAAAGUUCGAUAUUUUGUACUUGUAUACAGUCAAACAAUUAGAAAAAAAGCACAUGUUAUGGGUCGUGGUUUCACCCCAUCUUUGUUUGGCACAUUUAUGCUUUAGCUUCUUCUCACUACAACUUCAGUAUCAUUUGCAUUGUUUUGCACUGACAAUGUUUGGUGUCUCUGCAUAUGUUUACUGAAUCUACACUGACUUGUGCUCAAGUUUCAAGGUAAAAAUCAGUGACUUGGCCCAGAACUACUGUAUGAAUGCUUUACUACUGUCAUAUCAAUGUUAACUGUUGUGUAUUUUGCAUUGACAGAUUAAAUCUUAAAGGAAUAGUUCACCCAAAAAUGAAUAUGUUGUUCCAAACCUAUGAGACUUUCUUUCUUCUCUGGAACAUAAAAUGUAAUUUUGAACAAUGAACAAACAUUUCUGGUGCCCAUUUACUUCCAUUGUUUGAACAAAAACACCUUCUCAAAAUAUCUCAUUUUAUCAAAAUAAAGUAUACAACUUUGGAACGACAUCUAUUUUUGGGUGAACUAUCCAAGGUCUUUUAUGUCUCUUUUUUUUUUUUCCAGUUUAUAAAUACUCACUGUGUUAAUUCAUACCAAAAUGGUUACAAAUUGAUGAAUAAUGUCAUUUUAAAAUACAUGUUGUAGAAAUAAUGUACAGUCAGUGAAGCUGAGUGUAGCGAUUGACCAAUCAGAUUGAGGAUUGCAGAGAGUCAUGUAAUGAUGGCGGUCAAAUUAGCCUUAUUAAAAGUCAUAUUUCAGUCAAAAAAAGAAAAAAAGAAAAUCCAGUUAAAUAUUGAAUGAUAUUCAAUCAUAUUUUGAAAAGUGAUUAUGGCAAUGUGUAAAUCGCAUAAAAAAGAAAUCAUGCAAAAAAAUAACUGUUACUUUCUAAAUUGCCUUUGCUCCCUUGCUUAUAAGAUAAAAGAUUUCAAGUGUUCAAGUGUCAAUCUUUCAAUGACGAAGGAGUCCUUUAGCAAUUUUUUGUUUUGUUUUUUGUAAUUCUGCAUGCUGUGACUUUUCCAUAGAUGCAGUCUUUCCUGCUUGUAUUUCUCUCUGAAUGCAGCCCUUUUCUCCUGCCUGUUUCUACCUGUUGUUUUUUUCGGGUGUUCGGUCACUGCAGGGGUGAGAAACAUGGGUGAACAAAGCUCACUGAGUUAUUGAUAACCAGCAUGAAGAAAUGAUUUGGACUCUUUGAGUUUAGUGCGUGUUCACCUUUAAGACAAAAGGAAGAAGUAAAGCGAAGUAUAUGAAACAAAUUUGUACUGAGCUGUUACAGAUAAGCCUGUCAUUGGCAGCAUAAUGUAUUGAUAUUUUUACUGUCUUUAAGGCUAUUGUUGCUUCGUAACAGUAAAAUAAUCUUGUUCGUCUUUUUUAAGGAAGUCUACAGAUGGUCAGCUCUAUCACUGUUGCUGUUCUGUUUGGAUAUAGAUAUUGUCUAGUACUGUAACUGUAGUUCAUAACCUGUGAACAUGAAGCAAUAAUUUACAGUUAUAUGUCCAUGUCCUGUAUGUUUUUUUUUCUUCUUUUUUCUUUUGCAGAGGUGUUCUCUGAUUCUUAGCUUGCUUAUGUUUGUGUAAAUAUGAUUAUUUGUUUCUCAUUGGCAUAUAAAUAUAUAAAUAAAGAUAUAUA